AUGCCAACUGCGCAGCAGGAGGCCACCGAGAUCCAGACGGAGUCGGCCAAGACCAGGGAGGAGGCGGACGGCCUGCGGGAGGCCGCCGUCGGCAUGGUCGUCCAGGUGUCGGACACCACCGCCAGCGUGGAGGCCUACGAGCAGCAGCUGAGUUCAGACAGCAAGCUCGCGCUGGAGGCCCGCCAGAAGGCCAACCAGGCCAAGUCGAGCGCGGAGGCGGCCUCGGCGAAGGUGGACGCGGCGCUGGCUGUGGUGCGGGAGGUACAACAGGCGCUGAGGGCCGCCGGCGACAUCGACUCGGCGGCGCUGGACCAGCUGGAGAGCCGACUUCAGGAGGCGGAGCGCGAGCUUGACGAGGCGCAGCUGCAGCAGCGGCUGGAUGCGUUGCGCACCAACCGCACCCAGCAGGACCGCAUGCUGCGCGACUACGAGGAGCAGCUGGCGCUGCUGCGGGACGAGGUGGCCAACAUCGAGGAGAUCGCCGACGCGCUGCCCACCGCGUGCUACGCCCGGGUCAAGCUGGAGCCCUGACGUGGCGGCGCGCGUCGCUUCACACAAUCACCCCACUGCCUCAGUGCCAAAAGACAGCGCGCGCGGCGGUCGGUCGAGCUUGCUUGCGCGGCGCGGACGGGGGCGCGGUGGGACCGCCUGCCGCGGGCGCUUCUCUCACGGGGAGGCCCGCGCAUGCGCCUGGGCGCCCGGCCGCGCACUGCCACUGGUGCUAUUUGAAGUAUUACCCCGUUUUUUACUCGAUGAGCUGCGUCGUGACUCGUGUUGUACUGAGAGAGGCGGGGUCGUGUUCGUGUCGGCCUUCGUGGUAAACGAUAUGCAUGCCCGUCAAAAUAUCGCCGGUGUUUGAUGGAAUACAUGCCAACUGUCAGUGGGCUGGAGAGUUGUGGGGCUUGUCAUGUGUCAUCAUAGUUUGAUGUAGUCGUGAGUCUCCACGAGGAGGAAACUUUGUUCUCGGUAGAUCGAUGCACCACGUUUUGAGUAUCCACCACCUCGGAAAACGGGACCUUAUUCACGUCAUCGUGUGGAGAGAGAAUAAAACUGCAUAAAAGAAA